AUGGAAAUUGCUUACCCCUACCCGUUUCGAAAUAUACCUAAGGGUCAAUUAGAGACCUUGGAGAACUUACUUGAAGCAUUCCGAGCGGACAGGCAUCCUCUGAAGACAAAUCUCAUGGUUGGGGCUUUUAGAACGAGUGACGGGCUGCCAUACGUUUUGCCAGCUGUGAAAGAGGCGAAACGUCGAAUGUUCAGUGAUCUCGAGUGGAACCACGAGUAUCGCCAAUCGCACCUGGGUACACGAAGCUUUCGUGAUGUUAGCCAGAGACUUUUCUUUGGCACGGAUAGUCUCCUUGUGAAAAACAACAGGAUUGUAUCAAUGCAAGCUCUGGGUGGAAGUGGAGCCUGUCACAUGGGUGCUGUCUUGCUCAGAAACCACUACGAGCCGUGGAAGACGACCCAGAGACCUAAAGUCUUCAUACCGACCGAGUCGUGGGCAAAUCAUAGCAAUGUCUUCACCAGCCAAGGUAUCGAAGCACAUUACGUGCCGUACUUCAACUCAGUCACACAGGCUUUCGAUUUCGAUUCUUUUCGGGCGACAUUGAGUGGCCUACCAUCCCAAUCUGUAGUCGUACUACAAACCGGAGCCCAUAACCCAACAGGAUGUGACCCUUCACUCGAGCAAUGGAAGUCGUUAGCGACGGUGUUCGAGCAGCAUGGUCACUUCGCCUUUUGGGAUGCAGCAUAUCCUGGGCUAGCUAGUGGUUGUAUUGACGAAGACCUCGCAGGCUUUCGUCAUUUCGCAGAGCGUGGUAUUCCAUUACUGCUCGCUGCAACGUACGGCAAGUGCUUUGGACUGUAUUGCGAAAGAGUUGGCGUCUUGUCCUUCGUAGUGCCGGAUGAAAGUGUGCGUGAACGCAUGGAAGUACAAAUGCGGUUGCAAGCGCGUGCUGAAACAGGUGCAAUGCCCGACUUCGGCGCAACAAUUGUAGAGACAAUAUUACUGGAUCCAGAAUUGGAGGAUCAGUGGAGAAGACAAGUACGAUCUAUGGCUGUAGAUCUGAGGCAGAGAAGACUGCAGCUUCGACAGGGUCUCGAGCGAUUAGGAACCCCGGGUCACUGGAGCCACGUCACAGAUCAAAAGGGAAUGUUUUCGUACGUUCAGGAACCGGGAGAGAUCUAA